CCGCCCCUCGCCCUGAUCUACCAGGCCCCACCCCCGUUGGCCCCACCCCUCACUCGGCUCCGCCCCUCAGCCCGGUUUCACUAGUCUUCGGGCGGAUCCUUCACCCAGAUCGCACCAGACCCCGCCCCCCGCCCCCGGCAGGCCUCGCCCCUCUAGGAGAGAUGUCUGCAGUUGCGGGCUAUGGCCACUAGGCGGCAGCCGCGUGACUCGGGCUGGGCCUCUCUGGGCCGCGCUCCUCGUUCACCCUCGGACUCGGCUCCGACUGCUAGUGGCAGCCCUGCCCGCGCCGAGAGCCGACCUGCCCGGCUCCUAAACGGCGGACCCACCACCUCGGCUCCUCCGGGCCGGACCGAGGCCGCAAGCAGCACCGCGGGGUGUGGGGCGGACCCAGGAUAUGAAAUGACAACGUCAACCCUCCAGAAAGCCAUCGAUCUGGUGACAAAAGCCACAGAAGAGGACAAAGCCAAGAACUACGAGGAGGCACUCCGGCUCUACCAGCAUGCUGUGGAGUAUUUCCUCCACGCCAUCAAAUAUGAAGCACACAGUGACAAGGCCAAGGAGAGCAUUCGAGCAAAGUGCAUGCAGUACCUAGACAGAGCGGAGAAGCUGAAGGAUUAUUUACGAAACAAAGAGAAACAUGGCAAGAAGCCAGUCAAAGAGAAUCAGAGUGAAGGCAAGGGUAGUGACAGUGACAGCGAAGGGGAUAAUCCAGAGAAAAAGAAAUUACAAGAACAGUUGAUGGGUGCUGUUGUGAUGGAGAAGCCUAACAUACGGUGGAAUGAUGUAGCUGGACUGGAGGGGGCUAAAGAGGCUCUCAAAGAAGCUGUGAUUUUGCCAAUUAAAUUCCCACACUUAUUCACAGGCAAACGCACUCCUUGGCGAGGUAUACUGCUCUUUGGGCCCCCAGGCACAGGCAAGUCCUACCUGGCCAAAGCUGUGGCAACAGAAGCCAACAACUCCACCUUCUUCUCUGUGUCCUCCUCGGAUCUGAUGUCUAAGUGGUUGGGGGAAAGCGAGAAGCUAGUCAAGAACCUGUUUGAGUUGGCCAGGCAGCACAAGCCUUCCAUCAUCUUCAUCGAUGAGGUGGACUCUCUCUGCGGGUCACGGAACGAAAAUGAGAGUGAGGCCGCCCGAAGGAUCAAAACAGAGUUCUUGGUCCAGAUGCAAGGAGUGGGGAAUAAUAAUGAUGGGACUCUUGUUCUUGGUGCCACAAACAUCCCCUGGGUGUUGGAUUCAGCCAUCAGGAGGAGGUUUGAAAAGCGAAUUUAUAUCCCAUUGCCAGAGGAAGCGGCCCGUGCCCAGAUGUUUCGGUUACACCUGGGUAGCACACCUCACAAUCUCACGGAUGCUAACAUCCAUGAGCUGGCUCGCAAGACAGAAGGCUAUUCAGGAGCAGAUAUCAGCAUCAUUGUGCGAGACUCCCUCAUGCAGCCAGUCAGAAAAGUACAGUCAGCCACACACUUCAAGAAGGUGUGUGGCCCUUCUCGAACCAACCCUGGUGUUAUGAUUGAUGAUCUUCUGACCCCAUGUUCUCCAGGAGAUCCAGGGGCCAUAGAGAUGACUUGGAUGGAUGUCCCUGGUGAUAAACUCUUAGAGCCUGUGGUUUGCAUGUCGGACAUGCUCCGGUCUUUGGCCACUACCCGGCCCACAGUGAAUGCAGACGACCUCCUGAAAGUAAAGAAAUUCUCUGAGGACUUUGGACAGGAGAGUUAAAGCUUCAUGUUGAUAAUGAAAUUGAGAGUUUGACUGGAGCAAAUUCAUGGGACUUCCUACACCAGUGGCCAGGCAGGGCCUGAAGUCGUGAAGUCAAUAGUAUUCCCUCCACUGCCUGGCUGCCAACCUAGUAGGACAAAGAAGGAGUCUCCUCAGCUGCAGAGAUGCUUCACCACGUAGGACACUUGACACUGGCUCUGCACACUUCACUACUGGAUGCUCACACAUUGCCCUGAUCUGUUUCCGUCUAACUUUUGUUUCCCUUAAUUAAUGCUGCUUUGAUUUCUGUCUUGUUUAUAAAUAAAGAGAAAAAUCAUCUGGAAAGUGUUAAGGAGUGGGAGCCACCAGGCCCCUGCUCUCACUCCUUUCCUCUUGACUUUGGCUACUUGUGAGCUGACUGUGCUAAAGUAGGAGAAGCCAUCCCACCCUCCUAAGCUUGCAUCUGGAGCUUCAGUCCCUCCUUGCAGGAGCUGAUGGCUUCUGUGAGCACAGUGCCGUUCCCACCAGGAAGACAGGCAGGCAGGCAGGCCUUCAUGGCUGCCUUCACUGAGAACUGAGCCCAGUCUCUGCUGCUCCUGUCCUGGAGAUGUCUAAUAAACCCUUUCCCUUCUUGAGCUAUUGGAGUCUUCUCAUUUUUGAUUCUAGUAUGGAGUUCUUUGAGAGUAAAGCUUACUUCUGGUAAGGCCCUCUGGAUUGCUCUGUUUGCUCAGCAGGGCAGGAAGCAGGGGUGCUCAUAAGGCCUGCACUGUAGUCAAGUGACAAGGCUUGCAAACCCCAAGGCUCAGGCAGACCCUAAACUCCCGAUCCUCUUGCUUCCAGCUCCAAAGGGCUGGGAUUAUAGGAAUGGUAAUGUUAGGUCUGUGUUCCCAUGAGACAACCUAGUAUCUGCUACUGAAUAGAUGCCACCCGGUUUAGAAGGUCCCCAGAUAAGGUACCCCUGGAAAUGCUGUGUGACACAGAUGACAAUCCUCCAAUAGCUGAUAUUCUGUAUUUUACUUCCUGAUGUUAGGAAUCAAACCCACGUCCCUCCACUUUAAGUACUGUUCUGUUGGAGCUAUAUAUGCUCCAGCUAUAAGUUGAAAAUGAAAGAGCCAGAACUGAAUCUGUAGCCAAGAUUAUAUUGGCCUUUCACUGUUUGCUUUGCUCUGAUUAAAAAGUGG